AUGUCUUUCACGCUCACUGAGUUCAGCAUGGUGGCGGACGACGAUAUCACCACCAUUACCACAACAAUAACGGCCACAAUGACCCAGUAUGCCAACUCGGUAGCCACUGUCAGUCGGCAAACUAAGGCGAAACAGACCGCGUCACAGCUGCCCUUAGUGCUGGGACUGACACUUCCGCUAGCCGGGAUCGUAUUUCUGCUGAUUGCCGCGUACGUGUGGCACACGGUGCGCAAAAGACGCCGGUUCAGCACAGAACUGGUCUCGAGCCGCAGCAUAGACACCACAAACACCACAGACACAGAAACGCUCCACAAGUACACCAUGUCAAGGUCGAGCACCGAGAUGUCAAUCAGCAAGUCCGUUUCGCACGAGUGCGACGAGAUCUCGAUGGAUUCGCCGCUUUUGGUCAGGUUUGGCCCCAUAGAGCCGCAGUGGAUCAGCACCCCAUUGGACUCGUUCAAAGGCAUGAUCCGCAAGAGUACACAGGCAAUUGUGGCAAACUCCCCGGUGGGGGUUAAGUCGCCGAUGUUUCUGCGCUCGUUCAACCUGAAAUCCAAAGACCCUGACCAAGAUCGACACGACACUGCUCGUCUGACCAGCUCGGUUAAAAAAAAACCGCUGCUCAAACUGGAACGCCAUUCAGCCGCACAGCUCUAG